UGAUACGCUUCGACCACAAACUGAACAAGUUAGUGUGUGACAAAUGAUGCAAAGGCUUCGUGCACAGACCUGUGCAAAGCUGUCGAGGUCGCACUCUGUAAAAUGUGAAGCGGCGGGACAAGCGGACACUGUUAGGAUAGCUUUUAGAGGCCGGGAAGUGGAGGUGCCGCGGGGUUCGAAGCUAAGAACGGCACUGCUGCGCGCGGGACUUACACCACACAGCGAGGGUGCCAUGUACAUCAACUGCCGUGGCAUUGGCUCCUGCGGUACUUGUGCGGUAGAGAUCGAGGGCGAGGUGCAGCCUGCGGUCUGGACCACGGCGGAGCAGCUGCGCCUCAACUUCCCGCCGCACUCAGCCCCGGGAAAUCAACGGCUGCGCCUGGCGUGUCAGGUUGCUUGCUCCGGCGACCUGCUGCGUGUUACAAAGUACGACAAGUUCUGGGGCGAGGGCAGCGCCGCCCUGCCCGACCUGCCGUCCGCACACCCGGUGGCCGCAGUGGCGGAGGCACCUGAGGCACCAGCAGGAGCAGGCGGGGCAGCUACAUCAAGGACAGCAGCCGGCGGCGUGACGCCACUGGGGGAGCUCGAGUUCAUACUGGACCGCGGCGCACGGCAGGCAGAGCGGCGGCAGCAGUAGCAGGACGGAGUAGGUGAUGGAGUAUCAAAAGUAAAGGCAGGAAAGGCCGUAGCACUGGAGAGGACAGUGGAGCAACCAAGGAGCAGGAGUGCAACAGAGGAUGGAGUGGAGCGGAUGCCUGCUAGGGAACCAGCAGGUAACUGAGCACCAGGAGCAGGAUGACGAGCGGUUAUCCAUGCGGGGGCUGGCUUGAGAUAAGAAUUACUGGAUAGGGAAAUAGCAGGUGAGGAAGCACUAGGAAAUGCUUGAGGGGCACUAGGAAAUGCUUGAAGGAGAGCGCAGGGGGCACGAUUACAGCAAUGGGUGGGAUGGGUCAGGAAUGAGUACGCCAAGCGAGUGAUGUAUGCUUGAGUGUAGUUCGUGAUGGGGUACAGGGUCAGUUCAGGCCAGGGGUACAGGGGGUUGCGGUCAGGGGAGGUCGGUCUGCGGUCGUGCGAACAGUGAGUCCAAGAUUGUGCCCGAGUCCGAAUGUGGUCUGAGCCCGCCGACUCAUAGCAUGUCCUGGACGCAGAAGCACUCAAGCACUGUCAUGCGCAAUAGCUGGCUGUCGGAUUGGUGGAGCGGGACUGCGGGGGGGGGCGUGGUCAUGUGCGGAGCGGAACGCCAGCACUCCGCAGCCUCAACAUAACCCGGGCGGGGUCGUCAAAAUGAUAAACGGAGCAGGCAGGACUGGCAGGGGAUGACCACUGACACAGGGGGGGGGGUAGAAAGCUCAAUUUCUUACCCCAUGCUCAAAAUUACAGAGCUUAAGGAGAGCAUUAUGCACGUGCUUUUAGUUUUUCAAGGGGGUGUCUGGUGAGGAAGUUCUGGGCCGCCAAAGUUGGGGGUCGGUCCUCGUCCCUGAAAGUCCGUCGGGUUUCGGGAGCCCAUCCUGGCGGAUUUCGGGAAGCGCCCCACAAGCAGAACUAGGGGCCAAACGCAGCAGUGCGAGGCUCAUAUGUGUACGUUAUGACGUAGUAAGCACAAACCAAGCGUGGGAGGGCUAAGUUGCGCGUCCGGACGUGGACAUGUCGGGACAUGUCUCCACAUUCAACACAUGCGCACUGACACAGUGACACAGCUGGGCUCUGAAGCGCUGAUGCGCAUGAGUUCACGUCUAACAAGGCUGCCGAUGCACAUUGUCCAACCGUCACGAGGCAAAGAGUUGAGCGCGGGGUGGUCUGGGUCGAGGGGAUUUCCAUGGAUAGGAUCCCGCCCGUGACCGAAGUCUCAAAAACAGGACCGCUGAUGGCACGGAGUGGUAGUGCUCGUCAAGAGGAGUCGAUUGACACUACUUUGGUAUUAAA